UUUUUCUAUCUAGAACUGUCAUAUUAAUUAAGGUUGCAUCAACUUUAUUCUGCAGAUUGAGUUUGUAAAAUUAGUUUAGUGCUUUUUCAAAAUCUGAAUGGUCUCAUCUCAGUAAUUACAUUAUAAUUAACAUAUCCUCAAAAUUAUCUGAGAUAGUUUUUGAACAAAAAUAUGUUACAGGAUGUAUCUGAAAUAAAUGCGCAGAAAAAACAAACACCCACCAGGAAUCUAAGGCACCCACACCCUACUAAUAAAACCCUUCAAGUCCAAACCUUUGAGCCAAAACCAAACACCCUUUUGGCCACUCUUCACAAUGCCAACCCAACCUGAGUCACCCAACACGUUGACCCAAAUGUUUCAGAACAUCUUCUCAGACAACAGUAACAUCAUGCUUGCAGCCAUCAUUUCCCUUCUCCUUGUCAUCCUCUUUGUCCUCCUUCUCCACCUCUAUGCCAGAUGGUUCCUUGCUCAGGCACAGGCUCAGGCACACGCCCGCCGUCGACGCCGCCGCCGCCGAACGACGGUCACCGUCUCCGACGUCCUUGGCCCGGCAAGGUUCCACCAGUUCCACAGCUUCAACAUAGAAGACCCCUCCCCCCUCUCAACCAAAGGCCUGGAUUCUUCCACCAUUAGAGCAAUUCCUCUCUUCAUCUAUGAGCACAACAACAAGGCCAAAGAAGAUGAAGAACUUGAAUGUGUGAUUUGUUUGAGUGCCUUUGAGGGUGGUGAAGUGGGAAGGUGCUUGCCAAAGUGUGGCCAUGGUUUUCAUGUGGAGUGCAUCGACAUGUGGUUGAGUUCGCACUCUAAUUGUCCCAUUUGUAGAGCCCCCAUUGUAGCAAAUGUUGUUGAGAGCGAUUCUUCUCAGGUUGUGUCUUCAAGAGAUCAUGGUGGUUCUGAUUUUGAGAUUGUGGUUGAUGCUGGUUCUGAUGAGACUAGAGAAAGUGAGCACGGCAAUGGAGGAGCAAGAACAAGUGUUUCUGUGUCAGAAACUUCUUCCUCGUUUUUUGGAUGCUCUUUGGAGAGAAUGCUCGGCAAGGUUUUCCCAUCGGCAAAUUAAUGUAAAUUAACUAAUCACAUGCUUGAUGAGAUGUAUAUUCUACACGAUUUACCAUGAAAUGAGCAUCAUCAACUACGCUUCUGUACAGGUUUCUCUGUUUCAUCCCUCUCAGAAAUUAUUCUAAAGCCUUGAAGCUGUCAAAAGUUUCUUUUUCCUGCAUUUCACUGUGUUAUACUAUUAGAUAGGUUAUUGAAUGCCAUUAAGAGCAUGUUAGGAACAUUGUCCUCAUAUCAUAUUGAUAACUAAGUUAUUUAGAGCUUUCAAUUUUAAUUUUCAUUGGGUUAAGUUGAGUGGGUUGGUAGUACCUGCAUGCUUACAUCACAGGCCAGUUAACUUUCACUGCUUAAGAAAUCUUUUUGCUUAGACCAAAUCCAUGACAAUCUAUGAGCAUGACUUUAUGCAGGAUUGUAUUUAAAGAGCAAUGCAGCUAGAAAGUAGCAACCACACUCUAUUGCUUCUUUUGAACAUAGUAGAGUAGGAAAGUAACAAGGGUUAGCACUAGGGUAGGUGCAUAAUCCAAAGGAAAAAGACAAAAACACAGUACUUAAUAACUAAGCACUUAACUCUGUUGAAUUGGGCAGUCACACUUCAUGAUAUAUAUACCUUUUAUCAGCAUUUGAUUGUCCUCAAAACUUUAGAUGUGUUGUUUUCUGUCCAGAAAAUGUGGCUCUCGGUUGCAGAAAACCAAUACGGUGUGGGUCCAUCACACAGUCUUAUAUUCAACAAUUUAAACCAAAUUAGUUCAGAUAAUUUCGUCUUGGAUUUAAUUAUGAGUAAUUAGUCAUAAUAGUAACCUUGUCAUUGUGUGUUAAGCAAAGGGAUUGAUGAAUAAUGUAAAAAAAUGUACUCUCAUUUCUAUCCAGACAACUGUGUGCACUGUACAAGUUUUUUCAUGAUUUGUUAUGAAUGUUUGAUUUGUUUGAAUAGUUGUGCAUGAAGGGAAGGGUGGAGUGGGUCAAAGAAACUGUAGAAGUGAACCCAUUAAAAAUGAUGUCUGGUUGAAGCUAUUUAAUGCAGACCUUGGCCUGACCCAGAGAAAAAAUGUUUAGUCAAUACUGCGUACAGAGAACAGAAUUUGCUGUAUAGAUUCAUAGUUGGCUUGUUGUGCCCAUGCUUUUCCCCUUUGAUA